UGACAACGUUCAUAGGAUUGGCUUGUGGUUUUAAAUUUGCUGCGAUUCGAACUGGAAGUUGAAAAUUUUUGGGAUGCGGCUAUUCCUCACAUUGCUGGCGAUCCUAGCGCUCGGUGGCAGCUACUCCAGGGCAGCAGAGCCGAAGAAUGUGCUCCUCUUGCUGGCCGAUGAUGCUGGCUUUGAGAUGGGAGCUUACCUGAACAAGUUCUGCCAGACGCCGAAUCUGGAUGCCCUGGCUCGACGCGGUCUGCUGUUCAACAACGCCUUCACCUCGGUGAGCAGCUGCAGUCCCAGCCGCGCCCAGCUGCUGACUGGGCAGGCCAGCCACGCGAGCGGCAUGUACGGACUCCACCAGGGAGUGCACAACUUCAAUGUGCUGCCGGAGGUUGCGUCGCUGCCCAAUGUGCUGCGGGCGCAGAGCAACGGGCGCAUUCUCAGCGGCAUCAUUGGCAAGAAGCAUGUGGGAGCUGCCGCCAACUUCCGCUUCGACUUUGAGCAGACGGAGGAGCAGCACUCGAUCAACCAGAUUGGACGCAACAUCACCAGGAUCAAGGGCUAUGCCCGGGAGUUCCUCAAGCAGGCCAAGGACCAGCAGAGGCCCUUCUUCCUGAUGGUCGGAUUCCACGAUCCACAUCGCUGUGGCCACAUAACCCCACAGUUCGGAGAGUUCUGCGAGCGUUGGGGCAGCGGGGAGGAGGGCAUGGGCAGCAUUCCCGACUGGAAGCCCAUCUACUACGACUGGCGCAAUCUGGAGGUGCCCGCCUGGCUGCCGGACACGGACGUUGUACGCCAGGAGCUGGCCGCCCAGUACAUGACCAUCUCGCGACUGGACCAAGGCGUGGGCCUGCUGCUGCGCGAACUGGAGGCUUCGGGGAUGGCCGACCAGACGUUGGUCAUCUACACCUCCGACAAUGGGCCACCCUUCCCCGGAGGACGCACCAAUCUCUAUGAGCACGGCAUCCGGUCGCCGCUGAUCCUCAGCUCGCCACAGAAGGAAGAUCGUCAUCACGAGACAACGGCUGCCAUGGCAAGUCUCUUGGACAUUUAUCCCAGCGUGCUGGAGGCCCUCCAGCUGCCAGCACCUAAUGGAACCAAGUUCAGUGGCAAGUCCCUGCUGCCUGUCCUCAGGGAGGAGCCGCCCGCCAAGGAGAGCGAUGCGAUCUUCGGUAGCCAGAGCUACCACGAGGUGACCAUGGCCUACCCCAUGAGAAUGGUGCGCAACAGGCGCUACAAGCUGAUCCACAACCUCAACUACUGGGCGGACUUUCCCAUCGAUCAGGACUUUUACACCUCGCCCACCUUCCAGCAGAUCCUGAACGCCACAAUCCACAGACAGCCCCUGCCCUGGUAUCGCACCCUCCAGCAGUAUUACCAGCGUCCCGAGUGGGAGCUCUACGACAUCAAGAUGGAUGCCUUAGAGCGGAGCAACCUGGCGGACAAGCCCAAGUACAGCGGCACCCUCAAGCAGCUGCGCCAGCAGCUCUACCAGUGGCAGGUGGACACCAAGGAUCCCUGGCGCUGUGCCCCACACGCUGUGCUGCAGGAGCAGGGCGUCUUCAAGGAGGCUCCCGUCUGCCUCACCCUCGGCCACGAGGCAUUGCAAAGUCCCAGGCGUAGGAUCCUGACUCAAUACGAGGAGUAUGUUGUUGUCUAGCCACUCCUGAAGUGUUUUACAAUAUGCACUAAAUCUUAUCGCAAGAGCGAGCCAAAGUGCUGUUAACAAUGAGUACUGAAUUGUUGAUGGUGCUACUCACUCCGCUGCUACACUGCUCAGCAAAAGUACGUGCACAGUAGCAGUCCAUACAUUAAAAACUAUGAAGAAGGUGCUCUUAAAUUAAAUUUGAUUUAAUAAUAUUAUAUUAUAUUCCAAAUGUCAGCUAGAACUUAAUAAAAAAGAUUCAAAUUAAA